CGCUACUUUGGGAGAUUGAGGGGUUUUAGCCCAUCCGAAAGUGUUCGGCACCUCUUGUCCGCCAGCACGCCCAGAAAAGCUCCAUCGCUGUUAGCAUCAAACAACGCAAGCGUGGAGGAAGCGUUUGUUUACUUUCCUCGGUGAACUCAAGUUUCACCACCAGCGAGUUUGACUGUGGUGUUUUGUGUUUUGCCUAUUUAAACCUUCCUGCAACUUUUCGCAUCUUUGUCGUCGUGCUUGUGAGUUCCAUAAUGUGAGCGAAAGCUUGUGCUUGAGGUGCCGGCUGAAAGACAGUGCUUCCCGUCGUGUGGCUAGUGAGAGUAUCAUCCGCUCCACUUUUGCGCACUCGGCCAAACGGCGGCAGAGUGCAGCGAUGACAGCGAAGGCAAAGCUUCUUAAGUUUUGCAACGUCUAGUUUCACGACGGAUGCGUAUCUUGUCCCUCGGUUUCCGAAUCUGCUGGAUUGAGAGCCCGCUUUCUCGGCCCUCCCAGAGAGGUCUGUUUCUUGACUUUUCAGGUGCCGCGAUAUGCCAGUCUCCGGUCCCCAUCAGGGUCGGCUAGCCGCCUCUCGGUGCCCCGGAAGUGUUUCCUCCGGAAUGGAGCUAGCAACUUCCCCAUGGCGUAAAAGCUCCCGGAAGGGAGGCGCUCGGCCCUACAGAUGGAACCAUUCGUCUGAGCCAGUUCGAAAUUUCGCAGGAAGAACUGCGUGACUUCAUUGCCUUACCAAUCCAGCUGGAGCCAUGCCCUCAACAAGGCUUGAGUGAGGAAAGGCAUCUACUGCAGCAUCCCAUGAACAGUGACACUCCAGCUUCCCACACGACCGAAAGAAGAAACAAGCAUCCACACAAGUGCAGCUACUGUGGCAAGGCAUUCAAGCAGAAGUCUGGCCUGCACAAGCACCUGCGGGUCCAUACUGGCGAGAGACCAUUCUGCUGCCACCUCUGUCCCAUGACUUUCACACAGAGAGAGGCCGUUGUACGCCAUGUGCGAACACACACAGGCGAGAGGCCAUUUCACUGUCCCUUCUGCCUAAAGUCAUACAGAGACUCUACGAAUCUGAGAAGGCACAAGGCAACACAUGCAUGGCAGUUCACUUCUAAUGUGUCAUUCAGUGCGGGGUCGUGGUCUCUUGAGCCAGAUUGUGGUCUCCUUGCCACAUGUACAGGAUUGAUAUUUUGCUCAGACCUCAUCGCCACACCUGUCCGGCUGGAGCUGUUCACUCAACCAGGCUUGAACGAGGGAGGGCAUCUACUGCAGCAUACUGUGUACGAUGACGUCGCAACUUCCCACAUCAGCAAACGGCCGCGCAAGUGCAGCUACUGUGGAAAGGGGUUCAAGCGGAAGUUUGAUCUGGACAAACACAUGCGUGUCCACACCGGCGAGAAACCGUUCUGCUGUCAUCUUUGCCCCAUGACAUUCACCCAGAAACAGAGUGUUUCGCGCCAUAUGCGAACACACACAGGCGAGAAGCCAUAUCAUUGUCGCUUUUGUCCGAAGGCUUGCGCUGCCGAGUCUAAUCUGAGGACGCACGAGGCAACGCAUAUAAGACAGGUCGCUCCCAAUGUGUCACUGAAUGCGGGGUCUUCUUGGCGCAACUCAUGCAGUGAGCAAUAGAGAAUUUAGUGCAGUGAUUUCAAUUAAUUUGACCUUGAUCAAUAUCAAUCAAUCAAUAUCAAUCAUAUCAAUAUCAAUCAAAUAUUGGGGGGUUGAAAUAAAGAAGAGGCAGAAGAAACUACCAGACACAGUGCUGCUUCAUUUGGCACUAUUACCCGAUUGUAGCAUGGCCCCAAAUGUAAAACAAGCACUUUGGGCAUAUAACAGACACUAUGUGCAAAUUAGUGUCCACUGUGAUAACUCUUGAAUGGCGCCUUAUUGCUAUAUGUUGGCCACAAAAUUUAGUGCUUUGUAUGAUCCAUCACAUGCUUGAUAUUCUGCAUUUAUCGAACUGCAGUAGAACCUCGUUAAUGUGUAUUAAAAAAAAAAACAUUGUGAAAACAUAUUUUCCAGGAAAACAUGAUUCAAGGUCAUUGAAAAUUUAUAUCGGGCUCAACUGUAGUUUAGAUUUGCGUGAGCCGAAGUAUUGCGCAAAUGGUUGCAGAACGAGAGAUUGACGUGCGUCAAGCCGGUGGGGAUCAAGCGGCCUCAGAUGAGCUUUGUCGUUUUCCUGUUGUGUAAUAUUUGAGACGCCUACUGAAAAUCACAAAAAAAUGUGGGCAGUUUCCACUAGUGGUGCAACCCUGUGUCUUAGCUGAGCUAGUUCUGGUUUUGCUUAGUGUUGCUAGGUUUUGCUAACUCUUGCGAGGUUGUGCAUGGCUUGACUAGGUUCACACUGUGUUGCUAGGUUUUGCUAAGUUUUGCAAUGUUAUGCAUGGCUUGGCUAGGCUCAUACCAUGCGUUGCUAGGUUUUGCUGUCUUAUGAGGUUAUACAUGGAUUAACUAUGCUCAUACUAAGUGUUGCCAAGAUUUGCGAAGUUUUGCCAAGUUCUUGUGAGGUCAUACACGGCCAGGCUGGUAAGCCACACAAGCCCCAGCAAAUCACAUGCAUACAAGCCACAGUACAAGCAACACCAUUUAUUAUAUACAGUGCUUCAGUACCAGUCGUCAUCAUCUUCCCUCCGGUCCUUGUUCUCUACGUCUGACUGUCAUCAUAGUCAGUGGCGCCCGGGAAGGCUUCGCGAAGCACUUGCAAGGCAGAGCCCUUCUGUUGAAAGUUCUUCACCGAGCUCACUGAAGAGAUACACAUCGAACCAGAGCUGGUCACAGAUGCGGCAGCUCUGCCCAAACUCUAUGCCAAGGAAUUCGCACUGGCAGUGGCCGUUCGCACCUCCCAUGGAUUUGCAGGCUUGGGGUUGGAAGUUCUCGGUGAUGCGCAGGCCCGGAACUGUUUCCCAAAGGUGCCUAGCAUUCAAUAGGCAGCGUUCGUUGUCCCUGCCCAAAUCUCGGGAUACUCGGCUUGGCGACAGCGUUUGCUGGCAGCGGCCUCGGCCUGAUGAGCAGGAUUGGCUCUCCUUCGCCGAUUGUAGUCCCACUGAGCUACGCGCCGAGCUUUCUUGUUGGUCACAGACGCGACAGCUGUGCCCAAACUCUAUGCCUAGAAAUUUGCGCUGGAAACGACGCACCCCCAUUUCUCAGCGGGCUUGAACCUGGAAGUUUUCGAGUAGUCGCAGGCUGGGAUUGCUUUCUUGGCAACGUCGAGCAUUCAGGUGCUGACUCUCACAUUCCUUGGACUGAAAGUCUGGAUCCUUGACUCGGCGGCGCCUCUUCUCAGCCACAGCUUCGGCACGGUCUUCCAGAUCAGCAUGACAGCGACGCAUCGCUUCUCGCUUCGCAUAACGGCGCUUUUCCUGGUAAGCCGCUUCUACAGGCAUCCGGACUUUCUUCGGUCUUCCCAUGGCAGCAGCACAUACGCACAGAAUAGAGGAGGCGAGAAGUGUGUCGCCGCACCGGCUGUUCCGAGUUUUUACUUGCCUGUGAUGUCAUGACUCCGCCUUACGCACGUGGGGUGCGAGGAGGUUACAUGACUCGGUGCUCUCGCAGGUGGUUGCUAGGCAACGUUAGGCGGUGCACAGCUGGGCUAAGUUUUCUUGUAACGGUCCACGGCAGAACUAAAAGCUUAAACAACUACUCUGUUAAAAGAAUUGAGCUGGUGGACAACACCGGAAUAUGAUGCCACCGAAGCAAAACAUGGUGCUCACUUCAUGCUGCCUAUAAGAGGGAACGAUGGAACAUUUGGGUUAUUGCCUUUGAAAAGCGUGCAGUAUGCUUUCAAUGACACUAUAUCACAUGCGCGUGCACAGUGCAACAGAUAGGUGAACAUCUUUAUCGCAAUAGGGUUGAUAGCGAUAUCCUGUGAAUGGUGACGUGCCACGACCCAUGAAAUAUGCUGGUACAAGAAGCGGAAUGCAUGCGUGCCAACAUUCUCAUGUGUCAAUGGCGAGAGAAUAGUGUGAGGAAGCUGCUCUGGCAAGUACCUACAGCUUUUCAUUGCAUUUGCCUUGUGCCUGUUCUUGUUUACAUCUACCAGCCAGAAAACGAGUUGUAUGAUCACAAUUUGGCAAGGUACUCAACAUUGGCGCAAAAAUAUUGUGUUUUCCUGGGAUGUAUCAACCGAUAAAAAACAAGCCUAACUGUAUUGGGCCAAUUUUUGUGUUCUCCAUCGCUAGUGUUGGCACCAGGAGAUUGUAUGAAACGUGAUUGUAUCAACGAGCUUCUACUCUACUGCACUAUCAUCGCAAAUGGGAUGUUAAUGUACGACCAGACUAAACACAUUGCUAGUUCAUCCUGUGAUGCGUGCAAUUCUCAGGAAUGCUGAAAGCAGCUGCUGUGACUUCGUUACCGCUAGCUUAGCAUAAAAUAAGUGAUCUUUUGAAUUAGAUUUUCUUAAUAAAAACUGUUAGCAGCACAUUGUCGUUGCCAUUAUGUGCAAAAAUGGUUCUGUUCACAUUUGAUAACAGUAGUGAUGAUCCUGGCUCUCAGAGUAAGCUGUUGCCAUGUCAUCAAAUAUGCUGACGUGGCAACAGCAAAAGUGGCAGACAUUAGAAUCUGUGUGUUUAUUUCCAAUAGGGAUCUUUACCUUGGUUGCCUAACUUCUCGAAAUAAUUGCACCUGAACCCUAGUGUAACGAACAUUGAUGUAAUGGAUUAUCAGUAUGAUAAAGACAUUUAUUAUAAUGAGUACUCUACUGCUGUAACAGAACCAAAAAAUAAAAGAUCUAGGACAUUGGUUAUAACGAAGCGAUUAGGUGUUCACUGUUUGCUCGCAGCUUAAAGUGUGUAUUUUAGUUGCAAAACUGUAAAAUACUAGUAAAUAACAAGGUUCACAUGUACCUUAGAACACAUGUUCCAGUUGUAAAAAUAGGGCUCAAGGUGCAUCCACUAAGUACGAAUCUAAUUGAUUCAGCUACAUUCUUACUUAUGUUUGCAUUGACCAUUUACUUCUGUAUAGUCAAAAGCUCAUCUGGUAAUUGGAGCAAGCUGUCUUGAAAGACAACUUCACCGAAAUUUCACAUUGGCUAUAUGUUGGUGGUGAAUUAAUAGUAUACACCACUGAAGCAAUCUUGGCAGAGCCAUGGGCUGGUAAUUGCAUAACCAUCUAAUUAGCAGCCCAUCAAGAGCACCAAGGACACAUUGCUUGCAUGUGGUGGUUAGUGGUUAAUGGUAGGUUAGGCCCAGCUCGUCGCUUCCAAGAUUUUCCAGUGUGUCAUGGGCAGCUGUGACCACCGUCUAAUCUCAUACGUCAUGCUGAGAAGCUAUGCAUUCUAAAUCGUGCAUCACUUUCGUUGAGCAGUAAUGGUAGCAUCUUUUUUUCUUCCCGGUUUUAGUAUCAAAAACAGCUGUUCUUGCGAACUUUCUAUCAUGCUUCCAAUCAUAUUGUCAUAAAAAUAAUUUGCACUAAAGUGCCCCUAUGUCUACACUACCUUAAACUAGAAUUUCUUCUCAGUCCAAAAUUUUGGUGGAGUUGGCCUUGAAGGUUUUGCACAUGACCACACAAAGGCACAAGAUUAUACAAGACUGAGGAAUAAGACAGCUGUUGAUUGUGUAUGACUCUUUAGGCACUUUUUUACUGUAUGGUCUAAUGAAGCGAUUUGUAGCAGCUGAAAAAUCUUUUGAUAGAGCAAUUGAAGUAAAACUCAGUAAUUAUAAACACAGGCUUUGAUGGACACUUUAGUAUCUUGUCAUCUGUAAGCAGUGUUCCUGUACUUUAAGUGGUCAACUGAUUCGGCCUCGCUCCACGAUUUUCUAGCCUUCCAGUUAGCUUGGGUUGUAGAGCGAUGACCUCGCACCUGUGUUGAACCUCUGGACCAGGACGAGUUCGUCACUUAUGAAGCUUUCUGAUAAACUUAUGUGGAUGACAAUUUUUUCUUUCCUUAAACUUUCUGCACAUUGCAGUUUUCUGCAGAAUCAAUUUUGCCAUAAACAGUGCUGAUGUCCCUGUAAAUGAACUAAUGCUAUGAGCAUGUCUUGAAGGGAUGCUUAGAAGUGCUAAAGCAAUUCAAAUUGGUAAUGAUUCCUUCUAAACUUUCUUCUCGUUCUCUUGGCUGAAGAAUGUUUAAAAUUGAUGAAAGUCGAACCUCGUUAUAACGAAGUCGCAUCUGACUCGAAAAUACUAUCAUUUUAUCCAAUAUUUGUUAGAAGCAUAUUACUCAUUACACACUGAUGUCAGGGAGAAAAAAUUUCUUGAUUGCUUUGUUAUAUCUGAUAAUUCGUUAUCUCUGCAUCAGCUGCAAUGAGGUUUCACUGUGCUACAUGGUACAGUAUAGACAAGCUUCCAUUUAAUGAAUUUUGCUGUUUGCUGCAUCAUCAUUGCAUUAGAAUGUUGUCAUGGGUUCUGCCAUAUUUCUCUGUAUUUGGGUGGCUUUAGCACAGAAAGAAUUCCCAAAUGUUGCCAAGUUGAGCCUCUGACUUGUUUGGAAUGUAAUGUAAUCCUCCAUUUUCAAUAAACAUUCAGCCAGACUCGACUCGAGAACUCGUCAAUAUUGAUGAUGUCAAGAGGGCAGGCAGGCAGUUUACUGCAUGAGUCACUAGAGGAAUGCCUGGUGCUAGUGCUCCACAGGAGCUGCAAGUAUGGCAGUUCAGCCAAAGUGGAAAUGAAAGUAUUCUCCUAAACUUCGUCCUUACGGCUUCAAACAACAUUGUGGCUUUGAAAAUUAAUCUUUUUCAACAAAAUAUAUUGUUACAAAUGCCAUGAUUCACUGGAAUUACCGUAUUUACUCGCAUAAUGAUUGCACUUUUUUCCCCAAAAAUAUGCGCAACAUUGGGGGUGCGUUUAUUAUGCGAGGUAAAAUUAUGAGAGAAUUUUUUUCCGCAGUCACUUCUAUAAAAGUCAGUUUCGCUCGAAAUGUGAUCUAUUGAUUGCGAUAGCAAAUGUGCAGACAGGUACACGAAGUAAGGAUAAUAGUUUUAUCGGCUGUAUACACUUGCAAACAUUCGCUUCAACACAAACUGAGCUGCGAGAAUGCAGCACGCACGAAGGUAUCAGCCGCCAUCGACUCAGCCCCCAACGCAGAUUGCUUUGAAGGUAAUUAAGGCACGCUGUAGCCGCGCACGCAGUUGCUGCCGAAGUAAAACGCUGCCCCCCACCUCAGCGCCAUGCGGGCGAUGGAAGACGGCGUGCUUCCUUCAACAAAAGAAAACGGAUUCCCCUACACUUCCAAUAUUCGAUAAAUGGCCACAGUCUUUCUUCAUUAGAGUUAUAAAUACCUGGGUGUCAUGAUCACGUCUGAUCUCAGGUGGAACACACAUAUUAACUGCAUACAAAAAAAGGCCAUGAAGAAGCUUGGGUAUCUGAAACGUUCUCUACAUCAGUCGACAGAAGAAAUAAAGUUACUGCCAUAUAAAACAUUUGUUAGAUCGAUUCUUGAAUAUGCUUCCGUCUUAUGGGACCCAUUUACUGAAGUAAACAUAAGAAAACUCGAAAGUGUCAAAAAGAAUAAUAAAAUUCGUCUUUAAUUCAUACAGCUGGCACACAUCUCCGACUCUGCUGCUAGAAAAAGCUAAUUUAGAAACAUUUCAACUAAGACAUCAUUGUGAUAGGUUGAAAUAUAUGUAUUAAUAUAUCAUGAUAAUCUGCGUAUCAAUAAGGAAUUGUACAUUCAACAGGUGACUCGUCGUUCCACACGAGGAAAUCACUCGCUCUACCAUCUGGUGAAUCGACCUCCAGGCAGAACCCAACCACGUGCACAGGCUCAAACACAAUCAUCACUGUUGCCUUUUGCAAUGGUGGCACAAUGUAGCGGUUAGAGCACUCGGCUACAUAGCGGUAGGAGUGGCAGUGGGGCAAUGGAUCGAAUCCUCGCUGUGGCCACUUUCUAUUUUUAGUUAGACAUAUGUGACAUAAUCUGUGUGCCGUCUUUCUGCCAUGGCUUGCUGAUGACUGUGGGGUCACACGAUGAGCCAGGUAAUGCUCUCGCAUUAAAACACGCUGGCUGUAAAGUUGUAAAUUAGUUCCCAAACUACACAGGUCAAACACCAAAGUUAACGCAUCACCCUGUUUAGAGGUUGGAGCACAUCAGAUGCUGGCUUAAAGCAGGUGGCGAGUGUCUGCUGUGGCUAGGGCCUUCUGGUAUAGACGUAGGCCAGGAAGGUAAGCCAGGAGCUCAUGGGCUGUGAUUGGUGCUCCACUGACGUACGCCAGCCACAGGCUCAGGAGCACCAGGCAUAGCCAAGACUCCAGACCCACAGUCCGGCAGGCUGCUUCUUCAGCCCACGCUGCCUUCUUGUCUUUGCUUCUCGUUUCACAAUGGCAUCACUUCCCCAUUCCUUGCAUGCACCACAGUGCUCUCCGACGUGUCCUUUUUUGUUCACUUUCCUUUUCUCUGCCAUUGCACAAUCAUGUGUGUCUUCGUCAUCAUCUCUGUUAUGUUUUGGUUGUGAUGGCAGCACAUGCAUAACAUGACAAUGCGACACAAUGUUGUUUGGCCAUCAAAAAUAUCAACAUUUUGCCAUACAAACCCUCCUGUGACUUCGCGCCUGAUGGGAUUUGACCAUGUAAGAAAUUUGAAGCAUGGGACUUUCUUUGAUGCUUCCCAUGGAUGCCAGUUUUAUUGUCGCACUCAUGCAGAAGACAGUUGUGACAGAGCAGUGCAUAACACGUGGGUGACAGUGCUGGGGCUAGUGCUGGUGUCUUCUUUUAGUUGGCAAUAUUUGUCACACAGUGCUUUUCAUCAAUUGUGUGCUAAAGUGUGUCUUGAGAUAAUGGAAGUUGGCUGCAUGGUAUAUGACGUGUGUCGCUGGCAGAAAUUGUUGACAAAGCAGCUGAAACAUUGUGUCAUCAUCACCAGCAUAUUUAUGUCUGAAGGCAAAGGUCUCCCCCAUCAAUCUCCAGUUAUUCCUGUCUUAUGCUAUCUUGCCCAUAUUAUGCCUGCAAACUUUCUAAUUUCACCACAUUGCCUAGUUCUCUCCUGUCCCUGACUAUGCUCCGCUUCUCUUGGUGCCCAUCCUGUAACUGUAAUAGACCAAUUAUCUGGCCAUGGUAUUAUAGCCUUGUCACACGGCACAUGUAAUGUCAUUCAUAGUAAAUAACAUUCAUACCGAAUUUCAUUGCAACCUUGCGUUCCCUGUAUAAACGGGUGUACAAUACGGCAGUCGCAAUUGAUGGCGAUGUUUGUCGGCAUGCAUGCAGUUGGCAAUCAACAUGCAUCAUUUCAGGUUGCGCUUCGCCCUGCGCAAAUCAGUGAGGUGGUCUUCCCACACUUUCAGCAGUGCGUGCGUCUUGUAUUUGGUCCAGUGCGCUUUUUGCUUCUCAUUCUCCGCUGACAAAUCUGUAGAGUUGGCUUUCGUGGUUGGUAGAUAGGCUUUAGUGCUGCACCACAUUGAAAACGGUAUGCAGAAAUGGAAAAUAAGCAGACAAGCGUUUGUAAACAUGGCCAACAAGAGGUACUAGCAUCCAGUCGGAUACUGGGAACAACAAUAUAGCUGCACAAACUACAGCCAUCGUGCCUUACAGCAAAAAAUUAUAAAAUUAUUAAAAAGUUCAUAACAGCUAUUAUGACAACCUGUACGAUUACAUUUCAUUUUAACUUAUUGAUUUCAUAAUUUCUUGCCAAACCACUGUUGUUGAGAUUACAUAAGUCCCACUUGCAUGAGUUCAGGAAACUUGAGUUCAAUGGGCAAACGCCAUUAGCUGUGAAUGUCAUUCGCUACGGCCAUGUAGAAGCAACAAAAAUGGCAUCAAGACAUAACCUCAUUUGCUGCAAAUGACAUUACACGUGCCGUGUGACAGGGGUAUUAUGUGUCCUUUCAUGCUUCCAUUUCUUCCUCUUAAUGUCAACUAGAAAAUUGGCGGUGUUUGUUUGCACUAUAAUCGGCACCACUGUCUUCCUGUUUUGUAGGGUUGCGACUAUGAUUUUUCGUUCCACUGCUUGCUGCACAGUCCUUAAUUUCUUCUGAAGCUUUUUUUGUUAACCUCCAAGUUUCUACCACAUAUGUUAGUACCAGUAGAAUCCAGUGAUUGCACACAUAUCUUUUCAAGGAUAGUGGUAAGCUGCCAGCAAUUAUUUGGUAAUGCCUGCUGUGUGUACUCUAACCCAAUUUUACUCUUCUGUAAAUUGUCAUGAUCAAGGUCCCUUGUGAGUAAUUGGGGGAAAUUGGAGAUAAUAGAGAGGUCUUUGCACUGGCAAGGACUUAAGUAGGCUGAUGACGACUGAGCAGCUGUAUGUAGCCUAAGUUUUUCUAAACAUGUUGUUAUCUCAAGGCUGGCAUGUUUCAUACAUCUUCUGUGGUUUAGUAUAUGCAAUGCUAUAACUCCACGUGCUUGCAGACCAAAACUUACUCCAUUUGCAGUUUGAGAAAACAGCCAAAUAAUAAAACUAAGAAAGCCCUGCCUAAUGCCACUCAACCUGUUCAUAUAAUUGAGACAUGAAUGCAGAACACUUUCUUUGUAGCACUCGUGCAGAAGGCAAAUGUAGCAAAUAACAAAUGGUGACGCUGUUGUUUUCGUUUGCGAUAUCUUUGUCACGCAGUGCUUUUCCUGACUGAUGUGCUAGAAUGUGGGUUUAGAUCAUUGAAAUUAGUUGUAUAGCACAAAAUUUGUGCAUUGCUGGCAGAGGUUGUUGACCAUGCAAGAAGAACAGCUAUAAUGAAAUAAAAUUUAAAGCCACAAUCGCAGCUUGCAGCUCUUUCUAUUUGUGCAUUUCUAUGCGCUUUAUCUUUAGAUGGGCCUAGAACAUCAGGUUAUGUGAAAUUUACCCUUUCUUUGUGUGUGUGUGUGUUGCAACAUGUUUGUGAGGAUGGUUCAACAAAAAAUGGUGCUUACUGUACUAAAGGAAAAGCGCAGCUCCAAGCUAACAUAGCAUUUUAUUUAUUUAUUUUUUCUUCCAGAUAAUGGAACUACAAUAGGGGUUCUGGAGAUCUGUUCAUCUGACACAAGUUAAUCGUGAAAAACAAAAGACAAAGACUUCAAGAAGUUGAAUGGAAGGGCAGGUGGUCUUUUGAGCCAGAUUGUGGGCUCCUUGCCACAUGUACAGGAUUGCUAUUUUGCUCAGACCUCGCUGCCGAACCUGUCUGGCUGGAGCUGUCUCCUCAACAAAGCCUGAAUAAGGGAAAGCAUCUGCCGCAGCAUCUCGUGUGCAACAUCGUCAAAAGUUCCCGCAGAAGGAAACAACCACGCAAGUGCAGCUACUGUGGCAAAGAGUUCAAGCAGAAGGUUGACCUGGACAAACAUAACUCGCUGCCGAACCUGUCCAGCUGGAGCUGUCCCCUCAACAAAGCCUGAGCAAGGGAAGGCAUCUGCCGCAGCGUCUCGUGUGCAACGUCGUCAAAAGUUCCCGCAUAAGCAAACAGCCGCGCAAGUGCAGCUACUGUGGCAAGGUGUUCAAGCAGAAGUUUGACCUGGACAAACAUGUGCGUGUCCACACCGGCGAGAAACCAUUCCGCUGCCAUCUCUGCCCCAUGGCAUUCACCCAGAAACAGAGUGUAUUGCGCCAUAUUCGAACACA